UGAGAUUUUAUUUAUAUCAAUUUUAUCAUGAAAUAGUUCCUGUGUUUGCAGACUCUGUUUGUAAAAGUAUAAAUAUGGCUUGUACUAUCCGUUUUGUGCAGAUAAAUUUUUGUACAAAAUGUGCAGGAAGGUACAUGGCAAGAUUGUUUUCAACAGAAGCAUUGCAUGAAAUAAAAAAUAUAUCAGUGGAAAAUGAAUUUGAAGAUUCAGAAUAUAGUGAUGAAGAAAUCUUGUACCCUAAUCAUAUCCCAACCACUUGGUUGCAAAAAGGUUUAUUAGCUGUUGGAUCUGGGUUUGCCGCCUUUCUUGAUCCAAAACGAGAUGAUAUGAUAGCUGUGCUUGGUGAGAGCACAGGGUACCUGGCCUUAAAGAGAAUAAGAAGAUCAAUGCAGCUAAAUGACGAAGGACAACAAAUUCUACGAGAGCAACCAAGAAUUAAUACGUCAACAAUUGAUGUCCCUUCAUUACGUGAACUACCCGAGGGAACUUUUGGAAAAGAGUAUACAAAGUUUUUAGCUAAGAAUAGAGUGACUCCGGACACCAGACUCCCGGUACGAUUUGUUGAUGAUCCUGAACUAGCCUACAUCAUGCAGAGAUAUCGUGAAAUACACGACUUCACCCACACUUUAUUGGGAAUGCCCACAAAUAUUAUUGGUGAAAUUACAGUAAAAUGGUUCGAAAUGGUUCAAACUGGUCUACCCAUGUGUACAUUUGGUUCCCUACUUGCACCUCUCAGGCUAAAGCGCAGUCAGCAGGAGAGGCUAGCGAGGAUUUAUAUACCGUGGGCUGUAUACACAGGAUAUCGUGCAAGCUUUUUUAUGAACCUCUACGUUGAAAAACAUUUCAAUGAACCUUUAGACUCGUUAAGAAACAAACUUAAUGUAAUUCCACCACCUAUUAUUCCGAGAGGAAAUAGAUAGCAUUCUGAAAAAUGGUAGUAGGUAUAUGGAAUACAAAUUGUGGUAUCCCGUUUUACAGCAUUUAACGAAAAACUGAUAAUUGUGUAGUAAUAUACCCUAUAUAUCCAUCGCUUUAUUAACACUACUAUGGUUUAAAUAGUGAGAGCAUUCACCACAAAAAGAUUACAUAGACAAAUAGACAAAGAUUACAUAUUACAUUCGUCCAGGACCCUAAAUUCGUGAAUGUAAUUUUUGGUGACUAUUAGUUUAUGGGGAAUUUGUCGCAACGGAGAACCUAUAGCUGGUGAUAAUUUGUUUUUGUAUA